AUGGCUGGGAAUAACGUGAUUCCAGAAUUUGAUCCACUGUCCAAAAAUCAAACUGUUGCUAAUUGGAUAACCAAGGUUGAAGAAUGUGCGGAAAUUUAUAAAUGGAAUGAAAGUGAGAUGAUUCAUUACGCCUUACCUAAACUGGUUGGUCUUGCAAAAUCAUGGUAUCAAAACUUGCCAACUGUUCGUUAUACAUGGGCUCAAUGGAAGGUAAAGCUUAAUGAAUCAUUUCCAUGUCGCGAAAACUAUGCUGAUCUUUUAAUUGAAAUGCUUUCUUUAAGGGUUCGUUUCGGAGAGUCACUAGAACAAUAUUUUUAUUCGAAAUUAAAUUUACUAAAUCGUUGUAAGAUCACCGGUAAUCAGGCCGUAGAUUUUAUUUUACAAGGGAUUGAUGAUAGAAGUGUGAAAAUAGGUGCACAAGCAGCUCAAUUUGACUCUCCGGAACAAGUUCUUACGUAUCUAAAGACUGUUAGAAUCGGAAAUAAUAGAGACUUUGUUUCUAGUUCUAACAGAUUUAGGCAAGAUAGGAAACAUGUACGUAAUAACUCAUCGGGGAAUAAUAAAACUCUAUUGCGAGGAAGUAAGCCACCUAUUAAAUGCUUUAAUUGCGGAUUAGAGGGUCAUCCUAGCUUUUUAUGUACUAAACUAAUUGAAAAGUGUAGCAAUUGCCAUAGAAUAGGUCAUAAAGUCACGUCUUACCCUUAUAUUAACAAAAAUAAUGAACACCCCAUUAGUAGUGAGAAACAGGUUCUUAAGGUUACCAUAAAUGAUAUCUGUUGUACAAACCCGGCACAAGAACAAAAUAACCCGAUUAAUGAAUUGAAUUUUGAUAAUGAUUUGAAACUGGUAGACAUGUCCCGUAAAUAUUUUAUGACUAUCGGAGUAAAUCAAAAUUUAAUGGAUUGUUUUAUAGACCUAGGUAGUGAAUGUUCUCUCAUGCGUUAUUCUGAUGCUUUAAACUUAAACGUCGAACUUCAAACUGAUAGUUUACCUGUUUUAAAGGGAAUAGGCAAUAAUCACUUGCAUGCUAAAGCGCGGAUUGAAGUUGAAAAUAACGUACAAGAUAUAAUAUUACCAAUUGAAAUGUAUGUUGUAGAUGACGACGUCAUUAAGCAACCAGUGUUGUUAGGGCAAAAUUUUACUGAACAUCCCAACAUUAUCUUAACUAAAACUUCUUCAGAAUUGUUAUUCGAAAAUACAAUAGAUGCAAGCAAACUAUACCUUAUAGUUUCUGAUACCACAAUUAUUCCUCAGUAUGAUAUAAAGCUAGUACCUAUUGUAGCGAACAAAUUAUAUUCAGGCAUUAUAUAUAUAGAUGGCUCUAUAAGAGGUAAAAUAGGACACCAAUAUUACCUUCUUCCAGGGGAAUAUCAUCUUAAACACGGUAAAUGUAGUUUAUUAGUUCAAAAUAUCACGAUAAAUCCAAUUAAAUUCACUGCAAAUUCUUUAAUGACCCGUGCUAUACCGGUUUCCUCUAUAAGAGAAGCCUCAAAACUAUCUAUCGAUGUCAUUGACAAGGAAAUAAAUUGUAGCGAUUUACUCAAUGAACCACAAAGGCAAGAACUUAAAAAUUUAUUAAAUAAUUAUAAUGAUUGUUUUUCUGAGAACCUUCAAGAUCUCGGUUUCACAACAAUGAUUGAGAUGGAAAUACGUCUAACUGAUUCAGACCCAAUAGUGUAUAGGCCAUACAGAAUGUCAUUAAAUGAAAAGACACAUGUGCGUGAAAUGGUCCAGGAAAUGAUAGACGCGAACAUAGUACGAGAAUCUUCAUCGCCUUAUGCUAGCCCAAUUUUAUUAGUUAAAAAGAAAACCGGGGCAAACGUCUGUGUGUGGAUUAUAGGGCCCUUAAUCGAAAAACUAUUAAAGAUCGUUUUCCGUUACCACGGAUUGAGGAUCAGUUGGAUCUUCUUUCUGGACACAGUUACUUUACAACACUUGAUCUUGCGUCUGGCUACUACCAGAUACCGAUUAAAGAAGAUUCUAGGCAUAAAACUGCUUUCGUUACUCCCGAUGGACAGUUCGAAUUCAUGAGAAUGCCAUUUGGUCUGGUUAAUGCGCCAUCUGUUUUUCAACGUACUAUAAAUAAAAUCUUAGCCGAAGCCAAAAUUAAAUAUGCUAUGGUCUAUAUGGAUGAUAUCCUAAUACCGGCUCACAACUUUGCCGAGGGGAUAACUCGCCUUAGGGAAGUAUUAAAUUUAUUAAGAUCUGGAGGGCUAACUCUAAAAUUAUCAAAAUGUUUUUUCUUUUAUAACAAUAUAGACUACUUAGGAUUUGAAGUAGGUUCUCAUGGAAUACGUCCAGGUUCUCGUAAAACUGAGGCUGUAAGUAAAUUUCCCGCACCCAAAAACCAGCAUGAAGUCCGUCAUUUAUUGGCUUAGCUAGUUUUUUUAGACGAUUUGUAAAGAACUUUGCAAUAAUAGCGAGUCCGUUGACGGAUCUACUAAAGAAAAAUUCUCCUUUUGAAUGGUCUGAUAAACAUAAUUAUGCUUUUAUGACUCUUAAAAACUGUCUCAUUGAAAGACCCGUAUUAGCCUUGUAUGAUCCGUCUUUACCAAUUGAACUACACACGGAUGCUAGUAAAAUUGGGGUAGCUGGUGUAAUUUUACAAAAAGGCCACGAUGGCUCGUUACGACCAAUAUCCUACUAUAGUAGGAAAACUACAUUAGAUGAGCAAAAAAUGCACUCAUUCGAGCUAGAAACUCUAGCGGUUAUAGCCUCUCUUGCACGUUUUCGCGUUUAUUUACUUGGAGUACCUUUUGAAAUUCACACUGAUUGUAAUGCAUUGCGAACAGCAAUGACUAAGCGUGAUAUGGUACUAAGAAUCGCGAGAUGGUGGGUACAACUACAAGAAUUUGACUGUUCUUUUGAAUAUAGACCUGGGCCCCGAAUGGCACACGUGGAUGCACUAAGCAGACAUCCAGUUGCACCUCCCGUAUCAGAAACCCAUGUUUUAGACGUACUUAUGCUAGAAAAGGAUGA